GCCAGAACACGGAGAGCCUCAUCCGUCCUGGCGAUCAUGUCCUAUACGGUCGAGGACCCGUGGCAUCUUUGUGUGCCAGUGAAGAUGUGAAAUUGAUAACUUGAAGGAGUUGUUGUGUUCGAACGCACAUCUUGAGAAUUGUAAAACCGUUCAACGUCAAAAUGCAGCCCUCAAUAGUGUCAGUCUUGGCCUUCCUCAUCCUGUCUGCAAAUGCAGACUGUCAAAAGUCGAGUCCUCUGGAUGUUGCCCAAGAGACAACGUGCGGCCUGCGUGUGUUUGAUAAAGGCUCGAAAUGGCAGGGCCCUGAAAGCUGCGUGGGCGAAUACUGCAUAUACUGGAACAGUGAAUUCAACAAUGGAAUGGGCAUCGCUGCCGUGACCACCGCCGAACACGCUCAAUCAAUCGCCAAAUUCACAGAGGAGAUGCAGCUGCUACAAGAUGACCCGCCAUACUUCAAAGCCGAAAUCCCAGGCAAAGGCAAGGGCGUCAUCGCGAAGCGCAAGAUUGCACUAGGAGAGACCAUCAUGGUCUUGCCACCAACGCUGCUCGUCAGCGACGCUGCAUAUCAGGCCUUUGGUGGUGCAGGGAAGAUCAAGGGAAAUACCUUGUACUCCAAGGCUCUGGAAAAGGUGUCUGCCACGGCUCGCGAGGAAUUCCAGGAGCUUCAUGGUCUCGACGCCGGGAUGAAGCUCGAUAAGAAUGGCUUCACCGUAUAUGUAGGCUACACCGAGGAGAGCCAACACCUUGGAGUUUAUGCCCAAGCUGCAGCCAUCAACCAUGACUGUCGACCAAGCAUCAAUUACCGCCUUAACGACAUCACCCAAACCACUACUGCUGUUCGCGAGAUUCAGCCCGGCGAAGAGCUCAGCGUCAGCUACGUUGAUCUCAUGCUUCCACACAAGGAACGACGUAAGCGUCUGCGCGACUGGGGCUUUGACUGCAAGUGCAGUAAAUGCACAGCAUCCGCAGCCGCUAUCGCACGCUCCGACGAAAACAUCAGUAUGAUAAAGUUCCUCGAGCGUGCACUAGACAGCCCCAACAGCACAGUGACAGGUGCUACAGGAGAACAGCUUGUUUCCUUGUACGAGGAGGAGCGUUUGGACAUUUACCUCGGACCUACUUAUACACGCGCGGCGCUCAACUAUGGGCUCUUUGGCGAAAAGGAAAAGGCAGUCGAAUACGCAAAAAAGGCCAUCGCAGCGCUGGAGAGGCAGUACGGGCCAUAUGCGGCAGAUAUCCCAUCGAUGCAGGCAUUGCGGGAUGAGCCCGAGAAGCAUUGGAGCUGGGGAUUGAGAAAGUCGCCAUCACUCAAAAUCCCGAUUCCAGAUGACAUUCCGCAACCACCCAUGGAGGAGUUGUAAAUGUGUGAGGACUCUUGUCAGGCAGCAAUUCGAAUCAGGCUGUUAGCGCCAAAACGGAUCAACACUAUCACAGGCAGCAUUGCUCUCGGGA